AUGCAAGACCCAGAAACAUUCCGACCUGAGAGGUGGUCUGAGGAUGAUGAGAAUGUUAAGCAGAUGCGAGCAGUUUUGAUCCCUUUUACCACCGGUGCCCGGGCCUGCAUUGGACGGAACAUCACUUCUCUUGAACAACAGAUCCUUGUUGCAGCUCUAGUGCAUCGCUAUGAAUUUGCACUGCCAUCAAAAGAUUGGAAACUGGAGUGGGAAGAGGCAUUCAAUCUUUGGCCAUCCCAGAUGCCAUUGAAGAUAUGGAGACGGAAUGAAGGUGUUCAAGUUACUCGUAUGGAAGUGGUGUAA